CGUUUACCUGCAUUUUCAAUGAAUGGAGACUUUGUUAUCGGAGGUGUUUUCUCCAUUCACUACCAAAUGCACAUAGUGAUUCAUAACUACACCACCAAACCCGAACCCUCAAGAUGUGGAGGAAGCCUAAUAACCCGAGAACUACGUUUUUCUCGCACAAUGAUUUUUGCCAUCGAGGAGAUAAAUAACAGCACAGAGCUGCUGCCAGGCAUCACACUUGGAUAUCAGAUAUUUGACUCAUGUGCUUCAGUGCCCAUGGCUGUGGAUGUGGCAUUUCAGCUCUCAAACGGUCAAGACCCUGUGUUUUACAAAGACAGAAAUUGUUCCCAAUCUGGUGUAGUGAUGGCAGCUGUUGGAGACUCACCAUCCACACCGUCUAUCAGCAUAUCACGCAUCAUUGGGUCUUUCAACAUUCCUCUAGUGAGCUACUUUGCCACAUGUGCCUGCCUGUCAGAUAAGCAGCAGCACCCAAGUUUUUUCAGAACAAUUCCCAGUGAUCAGUUUCAAGCUGAUGCUCUGGUCAAGCUGGUGAAACAUUUUGGCUGGACUUGGAUAGGUGCUGUUCGUUCGAAUUCAGAUUAUGGAAAUUAUGGCAUGGCGUCUUUUCUCAAUGCAGCUCAGAAAGAGGGGAUCUGUGUGGAGUACUCUGAAGCAUUUUCUUGGACCGACACGCAUCGAAAGAUCCAAAGAGUAGCUGAUGUUAUCCGCAGGUCAACUGCACUGGUUGUUGUGGCUUUUAUAGCCUCUGCAGAAAUGAGGGUUCUGUUAGAGGAAUUGAUUCUGGAGCCUCCACCACCUCGUCAGUGGAUCGGAAGUGAAGUCUGGAUCACUGACCCAAAUUUGAUGAGCUUCAGUUUCUGUGCGGGAGCCAUUGGAGUUGGCAUUCAACAGUCUGUCAUCCCAGGGCUGAGAGACUUCCUGCUGGAGCUCUCUCCAAACGACGUAGCAGCCUCUUUAGUGCUUACAGAGUUCUGGGAAGAGGCAUUCAACUGCACACUGACAAAAAAUGGUGAGCCACACAAGAAAAUGUGUGAUGGAACAGAAGACAUAAAAACGCUCAAAAACCCGUACACUGAAACAUCUCAGUUAAGAGUCACUAACAUGGUGUACAAGGCUGUUUAUGCAGUGGCUCAUGCCAUUCACAAUGCAGUGUGUAAGGAAACAAAUUUCAGGACUCAGUGCAAUAAAAACAGUCAUUUGGAGUCUAAACAGGUGCUAUCAAAACUAAAACUAGUAAACUUUUCUCAAAAUGGUUAUCCUGUGUCAUUUGAUGCAAAUGGAGAUCCUGUUGCUUUUUAUGAGCUGGUCAACUGGCAGAAGAGUGAGAGUGGAGAUAUUGAGCUGGUAACAGUAGGAUACUAUGAUGCAUCACUGCCAAAAGGACAGGAGCUCCAUAUUAACAGGAACAUAACCUGGGUGGAGGGUGGAACAAAAGUACCAAUGUCAGUGUGCACUGAAAUUUGUCCUCAAGGAACUCGUAAAGUGUUGCAGAAAGGAAAACCCAUAUGCUGUUAUGAUUGUAUACCAUGUCCUGAAGGAGAGAUCAGUAAUAUGACAGAUUCUACAGAUUGCUUCCCAUGUCCAGGAGAAUUCUGGCCUAACGCAGAAAAAGAUACUUGUUUCCCUAAACCUGUUGAGUUUCUGUCCUUUGAUGAAGUCCUGGCAGCUAUCUUAGUUGCAUUCUCUGGUUUUGGAGCCUGUCUGGCCGUCAUAACAGCAGUUAUUUUUUUUCAUCACAGAACAACUCCAGUUGUCAGAGCCAACAACUCUGAGCUGAGCUUCCUGCUGCUCUUCUCUCUGACUCUGUGUUUUUUAUGUUCAUUAACUUUCAUUGGAGCUCCCUCUGAGUGGUCCUGCAUGCUGCGACACACAGCUUUUGGUAUCACCUUUGUUCUCUGUAUCUCGUGUGUACUUGGGAAAACUGCAGUGGUUUUAAUGGCUUUCAAAGCUACAUAUCCAGGUGGUAAUUUCAUGAAAUGGUUUGGGCCUCCACAACAGAGAAUGACUGUGAUAUUGCUCACGUUGAUUCAGGUUUUAAUUUGUACUGUUUGGCUGGUUCUCAGUCCGCCUUUUCCAGUAAAAAAUCUGACUACAUACAAGGAGAAGAUUAUCCUGGAAUGUGCAUUAGGCUCUGCUGUUGGUUUCUGGGCUGUGCUCGGGUACAUUGGCCUGCUGGCUGUUUUUUGCUUUGUGUUAGCUGUUCUAGCUCGAAAACUACCUGAUAAUUUUAAUGAAGCCAAAAUGAUAACCUUCAGCAUGCUGAUCUUCUGCUCAGUAUGGAUCACCUUCAUCCCAGCAUAUUUCAGCUCUCCUGGGAAGUUUACUGUGGCUGUGGAGAUAUUUGCCAUCCUGGCCUCCAGUUUUGGACUGAUACUGUGUAUUUUUGCUCCAAAGUGUUUCAUCAUAAUGCUUCAGCCAGAAAAAAACUCCAAGAAAUACUUAAUGAACAAAAAUUAA